AUGUUUGAUAUUGUAAAUGAUAAAAAUUGUGUUAAUGAUUUUGAAUAUAAUUUAAUUAAAUCAUAUGAUACUAUUGAGAAAGUUAAAAACAAAGAAGAUAAUAUUUAUAUUCACACAAAAACUUACAAUGAACAUUUUUUCAAUGAAAAAGAAAAAAAAAUUUUUAAAAAAAAAGUUUAUUUGUUAGGUCUAAAUUAUAAUGAAUACAUUUUUAUACGAGGUAAUUUUCGCUUUCGAUUAAUAAAAGGAUUAAUUAAAUUUAAUGGAGAAAUCUUGAAACCUUCAAAGGAGUAUAUAAAUGUGCGUAUACCCGUCUUUUAUCCUUCGUUUAAAUUAAUAGCUUUAAAUGUAAAUAACAUUAAAUAUGUAGAUAAAAAAUUUAUAUUUCAUAAAAAUGUCUCAAUAAGUUAUGAUGAUAAAGAAAGUUUCAUUUGUAAUGAAAAUAAGUCGAGUAAUAUAAAAAAUAAGGAAUUGAACACAAAUAAUUUAGAGGAAUUAGAAAUGUAUGAUAAUACAACUAUAUUAACUAAAAAUAAAGACAUAAUUGGAAAUAGUAAUUUUAAUAUUUCAAGUGAAGGAAAUGAAUUCCUUUGUGAAUAUGCUGAUACCAUUAUAAAAAAUUAUAUAUUCGGUUUAAACUUACUACCUGAAGAAAAUAUGAAAAAAAAAAUGUUUUAUGAAUAUUUAAUGUUCUCAAAUAAAGAGGAUAUUAAUAUGUUUUCAAGUUAUUAUAUGACUAAUAGCAUAACUUCAAAUAUUCAUUUUGCAAAAUAUCCGAUAAUUAUUGCAUUUCAAAGGAAAAAGGAUUUUCUUUAUUAUUUAUAUAAUAAUGAUGCUAGUAAAAAAUUAAAUAUAUCAAAUUAUAGACAAAAUUAUAAUUUCUAUAUUAACACAUAUCAAUUUUCUUAUGCAUUAAAAGAAUUUUUGUUAUAUAUUCAUAACAAUAAAAAAUAUGAGUUAGGAAAAGUUAUAGAAAGAGUAGAAGAUAUAAAUAACAGUUAUAUUAGUUAUGAUAAUAUAAUAGAUGACAAUAAUAAUAAUAAUAAUGAUUAUACAGAAAAUUAUUUAAUGAAAAAUGAUUCAAGAAAUGAUAAAUACAAGGAAAAUAAAUGUAGUAAUAAUUUUACAAAAGAAGAAUUAUUUUCAAAUAGAUUUAGAUUCCGGGAAUAUUUUAAAAAAUAUAUAUAUAAUGAAAAUAUUUCUGAAGAUAAUUACUGUCUUGAAGAAAAAUGUUCUUAUAUGCCUAAUAUAUUUAGUGUUAUUAUAAUGGGGGAUAAAAAUAAAGGAAAAAGUUUUUUAGUUAUAAAUUUUAUAAAUAAUUUGCUAAAUUAUUACAAAAGUGUUAUAUUAUUAGAUGUUGAUAUUGGUCAACCAAUAAUAGGUACAUCUGGUUUUUUAUCUAUUUAUAAAAUUAAAUAUUCACUAAAUAAUUAUAAUUUUUUUGAAAAGAAAAAUAAGUGCAUUAAAAAAAUAUUUUAUGGAUGCUGUUCAAUUAAUGAAAAUAUAAAUUUUUAUAUUAAAUGUUUGGAAUAUAUAUAUAAUUAUUUAUUCUCUGAAUAUUUAAAGAAGAAAAAAAAAAAAAAAAAAUAUAUAUGCAAUUAUCCAUUAAUUAUUAAUACCUUUGGAUGGAUAAAAAAUAUUGGGUUAUUCUUGUUACACUUGAAUAUUUUUUUAAGUAAAUGUGAUUUUGUUAUUCAAAUUGAUUCUUUGAAAAUAAAUAAAAAUUUGAAAGGAAAAAUAAAAAAUAAAGAAUAUUAUUCAUAUAUGUUUAAUGAUUUUCUGUUAAUUAAUCAGGAUGAAAAAAAUCGUGUAAUUUUAAAUUUGAACAAUAAAAACAUAUCUAUUAUUUCGAAAAGAUAUUCUAUAUUUAAUGCUAUACGUAAGUACAAUAAUUUAAAUGAGAAUAACUUUUUUUUCUUUAAUUUUUCUAUGUCUUUUCAAAGUGAUGAAGAAAAUAAAGAAAUAAAGAAGGAAUGUUCUUCAAAUUAUAACAUGGGAAAAUUUUCAAAAUGUUGCGAUAAAGCAAAUUUAAAUGAAUUCAGAAACUCAGAUAAUAUUAGAACAUCAACAAAUAAUCUUAAUUAUAAUAGUUAUAAUAAUAAUUAUUAUAACAAUAAUCAUAUUGAUUAUGGAUAUAAUAAUUACAAAAGGUAUAAUAAUAACUAUAACAAUGUUGAUACCCCAUGCAGUUUAAAUAAUUACAUGUAUAAAAUGAAACAUUUAAAAUAUAAUGAAAAUGUUUUAUAUUCUAGUUUUAAUAGUACUGAAAGGUAUACUAAUAAUAAAUCUUUAAUUCAAAAGACAAAUUAUAGUGAAAUAAACAGAACAAAUUAUGAGCGUGUAAAUAAUUAUACUUUAGAAAAUAAUAAAAAUUAUUUGAUUCAGGGGAAUGAAAAUGAAAUGAAGGAUUAUGAAAAAUAUGAAUAUUUUAAAGAAAUAAUGAAUUAUUUUCUUGAAAAGAAAUACAUAAGAGUAAUAAAUUUUAUAAGCUAUAAAAAAAUUUUAUCCUAUGAAAGUAUGAAAAUAAAUAAUUCUAGGAGUAAAAAUUUUUCUGUACUUCCUAAAAAUUUAAGAUCCUAUAGAUUUUUUAGUUAUUUUUUUUAUAAAUUUAAAAAGAUAAUUUUUUAUAUUCAUAGUUAUUCAUUAUAUGAUAGAUUAAAUGAUUUUUUUAUUAAACAUAAAAAUUAUGUGAGAUAUAUUAAUACCUAUACUAAUGAAGAUUCUGUAUUUGAUAAUAGAGUGAUAAAAGGAAAGGAUAUCAUAGAUAAUAUGAAAGAUAUAUAUUUUAACGAAAAUGAAAAAGAAGGGAUAAAUAAUAAGGAAGAUCUAUCUAAGUGCAAUAAUAUACAUAAAGACAAAACGAUAGACAUUAGUAAUAUUAAUUUAAAUAAAAAAGAUGUAACCGAUAAUGACUCAACACCAAAUUAUAAUUUACAAAUUAAAAAAAUUCAGAAAGAUGAAAAUAAUGAAGAAAUAAAAAAAAGAAGGAUAAAUCAGAACACAAAUCAAAUUCAUAGAAUCUCUUGUAAUCUAUCUUUAUUUACAUGUGCUAUAUUUUAUUUAAAAAAUAUUAAAUUAAGUAAUAUAUUAUUUAAUGAUGAGAAUCCUGAAUUUUUUAAUGAAAAUAUAUUUUUUGCAUAUAAAUAUUUCUUUAAUAAUAUUAUAUGCUUAUGUAAUGAUAGUUCAGAAGAAAAGGUAGACUUUUCAGGUAUUAAUGAAAAUAAUAAAAUUACUUAUUAUAUUGACUAUUUAGAAAUUGAUAAAACCUUUGAAAAUCUAAAUUAUAAUAUCGAAAAAAUCAAUUUAAAAAGAAAUAAUGUUCAGUUAGUUCCUAUAAGUGAAAAAUUUACACAUAUACUAACGGCCUAUGUAAAAGCCAUUGAUAGUAUGCAACUUAUUAUAUAUUUACCAUACUGGUUUGGUAAAUUUCAUUUACUAAAUAAUGUAAAUACUUUUGUAUCAGGGCACUCUGUAGUCCCAUAUAACAUAAGUGAUAUGAUAGAUAAUUAUUCUUUUUAUAUGGAUAUAGUUAAUUGCAAAAAAUCAGAAACUAUUAAAUUAUUAAAGAAAAAUAAAACUUCUGAAAAUAUAAGUUUAAAUUUAUCAAUAUAA